CAGCAAAGAAGUUGAAUCUCAGAUGGUUUUAGAACUUGGUUUAGGCUUUUUGGACCGAAUAUCCAAUGCAAAAAAUGGUGCGUUUUCACAUUUAGAGGAUUUAGCCGAUCGACUGAAUCACUUUUUCAGUUGUGCUAUUAUCCUAAUGCUUUCUGGUGUCACAAUGGCAAAUGUCUACUUUUUGAGACCAAUCGCAUGUACAUUACCAACAGCACCGGAGAAUAAGUUCAACGAAUUUGCGGAAUCCGUAUGUUGGGUACGUGGUACAAUCGCUUUACGAGAAAGUGAUGAGACACCAAUAAGUGAUGAAGACUGGGAAAAAUUACGUGAAAAAUCUGAUAUAUCAUUUUAUCAAUGGGUUCCCUUUUGUUUAUCAAUUCAAGCAAUGCUGUUUUUUCUACCUCAUAUUGUCUGGCAGACAUUAGCUACACAUGUGAUGGGCGAAAACUUAGAGGCCAUCUUAGAAAUGGCACAUAAAGCUAAUACAGCUGAUGAUAAUACAAAACGUCAAAAAUUCGUUGAAUCAGCUGCUUAUCAUUUAUUCCGAUUAGGACGUCAACAUUUCGAUCAUCGUUCAAGUAAAUGGGCAAGAAUUCAACGUAGAAUGUCACAUUUAUCUGGUGGUUCACUACUCAUUGCUGGAAAACGCAUGGGAAAUUGUAUAUCAGUAGCAUACCUGUUUGUAAAAUUGCUGUAUUUAACUAAUCUAGUUGGACAAUUGUACAUAAUACGUACAUUCUUAGGCUUCAAUGGAAGUUUAUUCAGAUUUGGUGAACGACUAAUUGGUACUCUGACAUCAAAACAUGAAUGGACUGAAAGUGAAUUCUUUCCACGUCAAACAUACUGUCCAGUUCAUGUUCGUCAACUUGGUACAAAGAAUAAUGUAUUCACUGCUAUAUGUGCCUUACCCGUUAAUAUGUUCAAUGAGAAGAUUUACAUAUUUUUGUGGUUAUGGAUUGCUGUUGUUACUGUUGUAACAACAGGUAGUUUAUUCGUGUGGCUAAUACGUUUAUCAAUACAGAAUCGUCAAAAUUCCUAUAUUCGUAAUUAUCUAAUUAUAUCUAUUCAUUCACAAUUAUUAGAUGCAUUUCAGAAUCAUAGUUUAUCUUGUGAUGGUUGUAAUGUUGAUGCUGAUGAUCCUCGUAUUGAUAAUUUCAUCCUGGAGUUUGUUAGAAAUGAUGGAUUCUUUUUAUUACGUAUGAUACGUGAUAAUGCUGGUGAUGUGGUGACUGCAGAAAUUUUAAAUCAGUGGUGGCAUAUGUUUGUUGUUUAUCACAAAGCUAGAUUAGAAAGAGAAAAUGCACUUGAGCAUUUCAGACAAAAAGAUGAAAUGAAGGAAAAACGCUACGGUUUUAUUGAUCCACCAGACAAUAAUUCAGCGGUAACUGUGAAUGCACCAAUAAUGAGUGAUGCUAAGCAAUCAAGUGGUAAUUUUGUUUAAACUCAUGUAUCAACUUAGUUGGUUGUAUUUUGUAUAAAUUGGAAUUGUUUUCUGAACAAAUUUUCUUUAUGAUCUCUUAAUCAGGACAUUUAAUUUUGAAUAUACUUUAUACAACACCAUAUUUUUGAACCAAUGAAAAAUAUCAUUCAAAAAUGCAUCAUAACUAUCUAACUUUUAUACAUGGGGAAAUCUUACAUACUGGCUAAAACAAACAUUGAACUUAGGAAUCAAAGAUGACCUUUUUUAAUCUCACUGAAUACUAUUUCAUACUCAGUUAUUCUUACACGAUUGCUCUGCAAUAAAAUCUUUCGUCUA